GUAAAAAUGUAAAAGAUGUUAUGGUUAACCGCGACGAAAAACUGUUUGCGUUUCUCACAACUGUUAUCUCGUCACAAAUGCACAAUUGAUUAUUCAAAGGUGCCUAAAAUCGAGGAAAAAGACUUGGUUGAGAGGUUCAUCAGAGGAUCAGGACCUGGCGGUUCAGCCACCAACAAAAACUCCAAUUGCGCCUUCGUUAAGCACAUACCGACCGGAGUGUCGGUGAAGUGUCACGAAUCCAGGUCGCUGGACGAGAACAGGAAACGGGCACGGCAAGCUCUGAUCAACAAACUGGACGAGCUGAUCAACAAAUCGGACAGCGUCGCGGCGCAAAAGAAGCGCAUAGAGGACAAGCAAAAAUUGGCGCGCAAACAGAAGCGCGACAAGUUGCGUAAGCUCAAACUCGAGUGGAUGAACCGUGAAAAUAUAUAAAGAAAUAUACUU